AUGUGGAGGAACAGUAUCCAAAACCUGCAGAGGCUUAGAGUCAGUACUCACAACCAGAGGUACCACUGUACAGGAUACCAUAGCCAACAGUUGAAGACAAGUGACCAUGGAUGCUCUCAUGUGCCCUGGCUCAGAGGCAGCAUGCCCAUUUUCCAAUAAGUGCAUUGAGUUGGUGGGUGGGGGGAAGACCCCUCCAUAUUUGCUCCUAUUGGUCAAGGUGUCCCUCAUGCCUUUGGGGGAGGGUGGUGGGCCAUCCACAUUCCUUAUUUCUACUGGCAGAGCACUUCAAUAUGCCCAGGUGCAGUGGAGAAUUUCAAACACUAGGCUACAUCUGAAGCAGGGCUCUCCAUACACCCAAGGGGUGAGAUAUAAAGGGGAACAAUGUUUAGGAUUUGUACCCACACCAUAGGCUGGAAGAACUAGAAACCUAUGCCCUCAGAUUGAGAGCAAUGAGACAGUCACAUACAUAUGUGACACAAUACCCUAAAACAAACUCUAUCUAUCUAUCUAUCUAUCUAUCUAGAUAUAAAAUUUAUAUGGAAGGGUGGGACUUCUGAUAAAAGGGGUGCUACUUGGAGUGAAAAGUGGGUGGGGUACCUGACCCUUUUUGUGUGUGAUAAAGGAUGGUCCCUUCGAGUCUUCUGCCAGACCUGCAAAUAACUUCCAUGGAGAGGCUGUGGAAUGGGGACAUCACCAACAUUUUCUGUAGGUUGAUGUAUGGAAGGAAGUAUUUCUUGGGAACGCCAACAGAGAACUGAAAUGUAGAGAAGCAGUCUAUGGGCUUGUCCACGCUGGAGCAAAAUGUGGAUUUGCACUGGCUUGCGUCCUCACCAAUGAAUGGGUGUCAAUAGGAUGUCCUCCCCAUCCCAGUGUUGGCCUGCAGCUUUCCCCCCUUUAAAUGUGAGAUUUUAUUUAUCUUUGGAAAGUGAAAAAGGAACCUUGAUGUAAUAUUGUAGUAUUAUUCAGCCAGUGGGUAAAACUGGGUUAGUGUGAGAUGAGGGCCUGGGCAAGCAGGGUCCAAAAUGCCACUCAGCCAGGAAGCUCACGGGAUUUCCCUGGGCCAAUCAUUGCCUCUUAGCCUAUCCUACCUCACAGGGUUGUUGCAGGGAUUACAUGAGGAGGGGAAGAAACGUACACCUUUCGCUCCUUGAAGAAAGGGUGGGGUAUAAAUACAAAAUAACUACAAAAUAAUGCAUAAUAAGAUAAUAUUUGCUGAACAUCCCUGCUUACUAGCCUUAUAAGACUAUAGGCACCUGGUAGUCUCCGAAUGCACAGUGUUUGUCCCGGUCACCUGGGUUUUGGUGGUGUCUUGGAGUGUUUUUGCAAAUAGGAAACAUUCAAGUGGACAUUUUUAUCAACAGACUGUGAGAUCAGACCCACACUGUGGGCGUAAGCUCUUUGUGGUUUUGUGGUUCUUGUCGCAGUUUAGGUACAGCAACAACAAGAGCACUUGGUCACAGCACUUGAGCUUUCAGUUGCCGGAUUAAUUUUUGACUCCUUAACAAAGCCGGAUUUUUCAGAAUUAUGAGAACCAGGUAAGCACUUGCAAAUAUGUUAAACAAGGGCAGUGUAGCUUGCUUUCUCAGAUAUAAAAAACAACCGGGGGCGGGGCAAUAGUAUGUUUGUUUCAGCAUAAAAUGUGCAACAAGUGCUCAGAAACUUGGGAGGAAGUGAUCAUGUUCUCCUGGGUUUCAGAAUACAGAGGCAAGGGAAAACUGAGUGUAGCUGGACAUGAACUCUGGACUUUAAGAAGGCCAAUUUCAAAAAGCUGAAGGAGCUACUGGGUGUGUUCCCAUGGUCAGAAAUACUCAACGAGAAGGGAGUCCAAGAAGGAUGGGAGUUUCUAAAAGGAGAAAUAUUGAAGGCCCGAAUGCAGACGAUACAAGAAGAAAGAAAAGUGGGAGGCAUCUAAGGAAACCGGUGUGGCUGCAUAAGGAGCUUACAGAUGAGCUGAGAGUUAAGAAGGGCAUGUAUAAGAAAGGGGAAAUCACAAAGGAGGAUUAUACAUGAGUAGCCAACAGUUGCAGGGGGAAAGUCAGGCUGGCUAAAGCUCAGAAUGAGCUCAGGCUUGCAAGAGAGGUUAAAAAUAAUAAUAAAGUUUUCUUCAACUAUGUCCGAAAUAAGAGGAAAAACAAGUAAGUGGUAGGUCCUCUGCGUGGGGAACACAGAGAAAUGCUAUUGGGUGACAGAGAAAAGGCAGAACUCCUCAACACCUAUUUUGCCUCUGUCUUCACCCGAAAGGAAAGCGACACCCAACCUGGUGAUAACAGAAUAAAUGAUGCAAGGAGGGAGCUGCAGUCCAAGACAGGAAAAGAGGUAGUAAGGGAACACCAGGCUACUUUAAAUGAAUGCAGAUCUCCAGAGCCUGAUGAGCUGCACCCAAGGGUACUAAAGGAGCUUGCGGAUGUAAUUUCAGAGCCUUUGUCUAUUAUCUUUGAGAAUUCUUGGAGAACAGCUGAGGUUCCUACAGACUGGAGGCCAGCAAAUGUUGUCUUCCCCAUCUUCAAAAGGGGAAAAAGGAAGACCAACCAGUGAGCUUGACAUUGAUACCAGGGAAGUUCCUAGAACAGGUGAUUCAACAGUCAGUCUGUGAGCAUUUAGAAAAGGAUAUUGUGAUUACUAAGACCCAGCAUGGGUUUCUCAAAAAUAAGUCAUGCUAGACCAAUCUGAUUUUUUUUUUUAAUGGAAUUACAAACUUGUGGAUCAGGGAAAUGCUGUGGACAUAGUGCAUCUUGAUUUCAGUAAGGCUUUUGACAAAGUCCCCCAUUAUAUUCUCGGAAGGAAGCUGGUAAAAUGUGGGUUGAACGAGGUAACUGUUAGGUGGGUUUGUAGCUGGUUGGCCGAACCCAAAGAGUACUCAUUAUGGUUCCUCAUCAUCCUGGAAAAAAGUGGGGUGCCGCAGGGUUCUAUCCUGGGCCCAUUGUUGUUUAUCAUCUUUAUAAAUGACUUGGAUGAAGGAAUUGAGGGGAUGCUCAUCAAAUUUGCAGAUGACACCAAACUGGGAGGGGUAGCUAAUGCUGCAGAAGACAGAAUCAGUAUACAAAAUGGCCUUAACAGAUUGGAGAACUGGAUGCAAGCUAACAAAAUGAAUUUCAAUAGGGAUAAAUGAAAGGUUCUGCACUUAGGCAGGAAGAACCAGAUGCACAAAUAUAGGAUGGGGGACACCUGGCUUACUGGCAGCACAUGUGAAAAGGAUAUAUUGGCCUCGGCCCAGUAUACCUGAAGGAGCAUCUCCACCCCCAUCGUUCUGCCUGGACGCUGAGGUCCAGUGCCGAGGGCCUUCUGGUGGUUCCCUCAUUGCAAGAAGCAAAGCUACAGGGAACCAGGCAGAGGGCCUUCUCGGAAGUGGCGCCCACCCUGUGGAACGCCCUCCCAUCAGAUGUCCAAGCGAUAAACAACUACCUGACAUUCAGAAGACAUCUUAAGGCAGCCCUGUUCAGGGAAGUUUUUAAUGUGUGACAUUUUAGUGUAUUUUUGGUCUCUGUGGAAGCCGCCCAGAGUGGCUGGGGAAACCCAGCCAGAUGGGUGGGGUACAAAUAAUAAAUUAUUAUAUUAUUAUUAUUAUUGGUGGACCACAAGAUUAACAUGAGUCAACAGCGAUGCAGCAGCCAAAAAAAGCUAAUGCUCUUCUAGGCUGCAUCAACAGAAGUAUAGUCUCCAGAUCAAGGGAAGUAAUAGUACUACUCUAUUCUGCCUUAGUCCACACUGUGUCUAAUUCUGGCCACCACAGUUUAGGAAGAAUACUGACAAGCUGGUACAUGUGCAGAGGAGGGCAACCAAGAUGAUCAAGGGUCUGGAAACCAAGCCUGAUGAGGAGCACUUGAAGGAGCUGGGUAUGUUUAGCCUGGAAAGAGGAGACUGAGAGGAGAUAUAAUAGCCAUCUUCAAACAUCUUAAGGGCUGUCACAUAGAGGAGGCAGCAUGCUUGUUUUCUCCUGCUCUGGAGGGUAGGACUCGAACCAAUGGCUUCAAGUUGCAAGAAAGGAGAUUCCGAUGAAACAUUCAGAAAAACUUUCUGACACUAAGAGCUGUUCAGCAGUGGGACAGACUCCCACGAGAGGUGGUGGACUCUCCUUCCUUGGAGGUUUUUAAACAGAUGUUGGAUGGCCAUCUGUCAUGGAUGCUUUAGCUUAGAUUCCUGUAUUGCAGGGGGUUGGACUAGAUGACCCGGGGGGUCCCUUGCAACUUUAAGAUUCUAUGAUUCUAUGAACUGAACCGUUGAAAGACUGUUCUUUUUGUAAAGGAAGGGUAGCUCCUAUUUGCCUUAGGCUGCAGUGCUGCACCAACUUACACUGGAGUAAGCUCCAUUGAAUUCAGUGGAAGUUACUUUUGAGGAAAGAUUUAGCAUUUUCAAGUAAGUACUGGAAUAACUAGUAAGUGACCUUAAACUGAACAUGUUGAAGUGACUCAUCUUCUCUUUUCUGAGGCAGUUGUGUUACUUUUCCAGUAUUUGAGGAAGAGUCAGGAAAAGAACAGGACCCAAAUUAAUUAGUUAUAUGUUAAGUGAAUUAAUUAGUGGGCAUGCAGUUAAUUAUGAACCACCAUUCACCUGUGGAGUUUUGUUUUUACUAUUUGUGUUCAAAAACCAUGCAACUGCUUGGUAAUUCCUAAAUGUCUGUGCAUAUUUCUGUUUAAGUAAGUCUGAGAGCUCGUUGUUUGGUUGCCUAGAUAGAGUACUGUAAUAUUUCUAUGACCAUCACUACUAGAGAUUAAAACUAAUUUAGAGUUUUGGAAUUGAAACCACAGUUCUUUGUGCUGCAGCAGACUCUUCACCAUGGCAAGACAAAUAGCUACACAAUCAUAAGAAGUUACAGUGGUACCUCGGGUUACAUACGCUUCAGGUUACAGACUCCACUAACCCAGAAAUAGUACCUCGGGUUAAGAACUUUGCUUCAGGAUGAGAACAGAAAUCGUGUGGCGGCAGUAGGAGGCCCCAUUAGCUAAAGUGGUACCUCAGGUUAAGAAGAGUUUCAGGUUAAGAAUGGACCUCCAGAAAGAAUUAAGUUCUUAACCUGAGGUACCACUGUAUUGACCAAAAGGAAAUAACAAGCAAGUUGGAGUGCAUUUUUUUUAUAUAUAAAAAAACUUUAUAAGUGGCCAAUUUAUUUUAAGGAAAUUAAAUAGAGUGUGUGUGGGGGAUCCAUUAAUCAAUAGUGAUAACAUUGUGGAUGUUUUAUUCUGCAAUGAAGUCUGGCACACACUGAGAAGUACAUAGCAAAUGAACAAAACAGGAUGGUCUAUUUUAAAAAGAAACAUGUUAUAAUCAUAGGUAUUUGGUGGUUUGUCACUCCUUAAAAGAUACUGAUGAUGCAUGAGAUCAUUCUCAAGGAACACUUAAGACGACAAUUGUGGUUUUAAACAACGUGAGGUUGGAUGAGUUAAAGGACAAUGAGGGCUCAUCCACACUUAACUUUCACUCCCUGCUUUCCCACUCAGUAUCUUGGAGAUUUUUGGGUUUUCUUGUGGAGUGUUCAAGAGUGGCAAAGUGGCAGGGGAAACAGACCAGAAAAGUUCAGACCUGCGUUUUAGAAAGCACAGAGGAAAAUAAGUUGAGAUGAGCCCUGAGAGAGGAAGGAAGGAAGGAACCAGUUUUAACAAGAAAAAUGGCAGAGAUAGGUCUAACACAAAAACUAAGACCGAAAAGCUAACACAACAGAGCCUUUCCCAGCUUCAUUCCCACUGAACUCAAACCUUGUUUUAACAUGCCAUUCCUCACUCCGUGAUAUCCUACUGCUUACUCUACUCAAAACUAUGCCAUUGUUCAAAAUUGCUUUUUUUACUUUCAGUGUCCUUCCAUCCCUACUAAAUUCAAUCCUCUGCUGUUGUUUAAAACUGCCAUUUUCUCUCUGCCAUUCCCUUAACAUUUAGCACUAGUAUUAUUCAGAAAGGCCUCUCUUAUCUUUUUUGCUAAGAGCUAUCCUGUAGCUGAUGAACUUAUCUGCAUUAGAUGACAGCCUUUUUAUCUUAAAAUCAGCGGGUUGGCCUUCUACGAAGAUCUGAAACGGAAGAAUAAACGUAACCCUUGGUGGACUAUAUGAAGGGCAAUAUAGAAUACAGCUCACCACAUCUUCAAUUAGAGCUGUUCUGCAUAUGCAAAAAUGUUUCUUUACUGGCCUGUUAGAAAAUCUAUUAGCCAUCUACUCAGUAGUUUUCCUCCUCCCUGCUUUUUUUAAACCUCUACUGUUGUUUAAAACCACAAUUUUCCUCAUGUUCUUCCACCUGUGCUUUACUCAAUCUUCUGCUGUUGUUUAAAACAGCCACUUGUUUCCUUUCAUAGUCUCUCCCUUGUCACUGUGCUAAAGUUUCUCCCUCUUCCAUUUCUCACCUGCCUUAGGCAAUAGAUCAGGGGUCAGCAGAGGAGGCCAGUCCACUGUCCCUCAGACCUUGUGGGGGGCCGGACUAUAUUUCGAAGGGGGAAAAAUGAAUUCCUAUGCCCCACAAAUAACCCAGAGACGCAUUUUAAAUAAAAGGACACAUUCUACUCAUGUAAAAACACACUGAUUCCCGGACCGUCCGCGGGCCAGAUUUAGAAGGCGAUUGGGCCAGAUCCGGCCCCCGGGCCUUAGUUUGCCUACCCAUACAAUAGAUAAAGGAUGCAGAGCUCUCAAAUAUUCCAAAGUAAUUUACUCAAACCUCUGCCAUUUGCCUCUCAAUUCUCUCCAUCCCUGCUUUACUUAAACUUCUGCCAUUGUUUUAAACAAAGCUUCCUCAACCUCAUCCCUCCAGAUGUUUUGAGACUACAAUUCCCAUCAUCCCUGACCACUGGUCCUGCUAGCUGGGGAUCAUGGGAGUUGUAGGCCAAAAACAUCUGGAGGGCCGAGUUUGAGGAAGCCUGUUUUAAACCAUCACUUUCCCCCUCUUGUGAUUCUCCUUUCUCACUCCAGUGCCAUGACCACUGCUGUUGUGGAGUCUGCCUUCAUUUUUGCUCAACUCUCCUGCCUUGACUCCAUACAAAUCCAAGAUUGUGAUGAAGCACUAUCUAUCCUUCAGUGGGGGCUGUGAUCUAACUUACAAGUAAACUUACAAGUCAACCUUUUUGAGUGCACGGCUCCCUUGACCAACUACAUUCUUUCUGUGGCACCCCUGUGGGGCUCAGGAGCCCAGUUAUGUCACCCCAUGGCUGCAGAGCUGACAGCCUCUCACCCCUUUUCAAACACCCUUCCUUGUGGAGGGUUCCCUCAUCCUCCUCUCCUCUCCUUGGGAGUCCUCUGGGCAGCUGCUGCUGCCACCCCUGGUCUCUGAGCUGCCCCCACUGCCCCAAAGAGAGGUGCUUCCUCACACUGCCCCACAGAGGCCUGGGACUUGUCUGUCCAUUCCCAACAGCAAGGGCUGGUGGACUGGCUGGCUGGGCUCCCUCACCCGCUUGCCUGCUUGCUCCAAGGCCACCUCAGCUCCUGGCAACCAGCACCCCCUGGCAAGCCCCAGAGGCACCAUUUGCCCGGGGAGUUUGUAGCCAGGGCUGCUGCAACAAACAGCUAUGCAAGCCUUUGGGAGGCAGAGACGUGAGAGGACAUCAGAGGAGGGAGGGAAGGGGAAAGGGACAGUGUUGCCCGUAGCACCCCUGACCAUCAUUCAAGGCACCCCAGGGGGCCAUGGCACGCUGCUUAAAAACUACUGCAUUAUAUUAAAAAGGAAAAAUGAACAUAUUAAAAGAAUGUAGGAAGAUAUAGAAUCAGGACUGGCCCUACAUCAACAUCUCCCAUACAGUUUAAAAAUAAAACAAAAGAAGCAAAUAAUAUUCAAAUAAAACAUAGAGCCCUACCAGCUUAAAUAUCCAUAUUUAACAAUUUAAAAUAUUAGGGCCUGAAAAAUAUUUGAUAUAAAAUAAUAUGCAUGGCAUCCCGUUAACUUUUAUAAACCUUUUUUUUGCUUCCAGUUUUGCCACCCUCGUAAUAACAGGCAGGUGGUUUUGUGAAGGAUACAUAUCUGCUGUAUUGAUUAAAGGUAAAGGUAAAGGUACCCCUGCCCGUACGGGCCAGUCGUGUCCGACUCUAGGGUUGUGCGCCCAUCUCACUUAAGAGGCCGGGGACCAGCGCUGUCCGGAGACACUUCCGGAUCACGUGGCCAGUGUGACGAAGCUGCUCUGGCGAGCCAGCACCAGCGCAGCACACGGAAACGCCGUUUACCUUUCCACUAUAAAGCGGUGCCUAUUUAUCUACUUGCACUUUGGCGUGCUUUCAAACUGCUAGGUGGGCAGGAGCUGGGACCGAAAGACGGGAGCUCACCCCGCCGCGGGGAUUCGAACCGCCGACCAUGCGAUCGGCAAGCCCUAGGCGCUGAGGUUUUACCCACAGCGCCACCCGCGUCCCUGUAUUGAUUGAUUACGUAGGGUAAUUUAACGGAUAAGUGGUAUUUUCCUUUAUUUCACCUGACCCACAACCACAGACGUUUAUCUAGCAUAACAGGACUUAAACCUCCCUUCCACUUCAGCAGACAGCAUGCACUGAAAUCAGAGGGCUGUGAAUGCUUUACUUAAAAGGGGAACUGAGAGUGAUACUGAGUCCCAUCCAUACACACCCUUUUUGACAAAAUCAGCUUCAGAAUGCAGGAAAUACUUGAGCUUAGCCAUAAACAUCCUAUUGUCUCAAGAUUCAGAAGCCAGUGAAGUGGAGUGAUCUUUAAAGUGCUUGUUCAGUGCUGUGCUCUUUCUCUUCUUCUUCGGAAUUAGAUAAUACCUUUGCUGUUAAGUUGUGGGUGAACAUAUCAGACGACACAGCGAUUCUUCAGACAUUUCUUAUUUAUUCACAGGCCAGAACAGAACUGAACUGAAGGGUUCAGCCAACCUGCUUAUACAGAGCUCAACUACAAAGCAACAGUAACAACUGUCUGUAACUAUCCAAUCACUGAACGUCACUUUCAAUUCCUUAUUUGCAUAUGUGGACCUGAGUGAAAACUAUCUACAGUAUCCCCCUGCUGUCCCAGGGUGAGAACUUCAGUACAUAACAUUUGCCCAUAAAAAGAAAGAAAGAAUGCAAUUGCUGUUCUGCAAUCCCCUUACAUUUUACGAUCCUCCUUCUAAUAGCGAACUCAGGUGGUGAGCGCUAGCAGGAUUGUGGCUAAAACAGGGCCACUGAGAACAAGAGAGAGGUAUUAGCAUUGUCCAGGGGAGCCCUAAGAGCUGCAGAAGUACAAAAAACACUUGGCCAAUGAUGCAGGCAGGCGGCAGAACUGCCACAGUGUAGGGGUACACCAGUUGAGGAGCACAGUGAGUAAGGCGAGCAGGAGCAUGUCCCACCAAGAGCGCCUUGUGGCCUAGUGGCAGGGUCUGUGGACAGGAAGAGGAGGAGAAGCACCACAAUAAGUCGGACAAGGAGGAGACAAGCUCUGGUGCUUUUCUAAGAAAGAUAUUUAUUGUGGUUGGUCUCCAUGUUUUUCAGAACAAAACUCCUUCUUCAGGGUUGAGUCCAGUCUAAGUUAGAUACCAUGGGAACAUACCCUCCAACAUUUCUCUGAUGAAAAUAAAGCCUUCUCUAGUCUCUGCUAAAUUAGUAUCUUGAAACUGAAUUUUAUUUAUGAGUUGUAGCAACAGAAUGAACCAGUUCAGCCGUGUAAGAUUGCACUGAAUUUUUCAACCAUUUCUGUAUGGUAUUUCACUCUCAGUUCAGAUGAAUAAGAGUGUCCAGUAUACUGAACAGAAUAAGAAAUGAGAACAUUUUGCAUUUGACUAUGAAGUAUAAUUGAAACAGGAACAAGCUCCUGUUGCUCGGUCCCAGCUCCUGCCAACCUAGCAGUUCGAAAGGAUGUCAAAGUGCAAGUAGAUAAAUAGGUACCGCUCCGGCGGGAAGAUAAACGGCGUUUCCGUGCGCUGCUCUGGUUUCACCAGAAGCGGCUUAGUCAUCCUGGCCACAUGACCCGGAAGCUGUCUGUGGACAAACAGUGGCUCCCUCGGCCUAUAGAGCGAGAUGAGUGCGCAGUUCCAGAGUAGUCCGCGACUGGACCUAACGGCCAGGGAUACCUUUACCUUUUAUGAAGUAUAAUUGAAACAGUAAUAUUAAGAUGCAGAUUACAUCAUGGCUUACCAGUGUUAUGCCCAGUGCUUUUUUUCCUAAAAAAAUGUUUAGGGGUACUCUCAUUUUCGUACUCAUAUUGAAAUACUGCCCCUCAGUGAGGCCAAACUUAGAUUCACAAAAUGUUUAGGCUAUGCGUACCCCCAGGAAAAAUGCUCUGGGGACAUCCCAUUCCAUAAUGAUAAUUUUACCAUUUGUACCCCACACUGGGUGGUUUCCAACAUAUAUAAAAACAUAAUAAAACAUUAAACAUUUAAAAAAGCUUCCCUAUACAGGAUUGCCUUCAGGCGGCUCAGGGCUCAAUGCCAUACCCUCCAACGCUUCUCCGAUGAAAAUAGGGACAUCCUAAGGAAAAGUGGGACAUUCCGAGAUCAUAUCAGAAACCAGGAUGCCUACUCUAAAUCAGGCACAUCCCUGGAAAAUUGGGUCACUUGGAGGGUCUGUGGGAAUAAAUGUAGAAUGCGUAAAGUCCCAUUUAUUUAAAUUUGAACUCAUUUCAACAAACGUGGACUGGAUUCACUCCAACGGAAGGAUAGUUCUACAGUCUCUCUGGCUGUUCAGAUGCUUCCUUUGACUCUGCAUUCAGUGUGCUCCCACCAUUGAUUUGAGAAGCAGUGCACACAAGGCAUUGCCACAAUUCAUAUCUAUAUUUUAUUAUCUAUCCUUUUGGUUCUCAUAAAAUAUUGUGUUUUGAUGCGUCCCCCCAAAAAACUCCCCGACUUUCAUCCAAAUUGAGAUAAAUAGCCAUAAACUGCAUUUAAUUAAACUAGUCAUGUGUACGCAGCAACCCCCCUCGCUUACACACACACACACACACACACACACACAUACACACCACCCACUGAAAAUGGUUUAUAGUCAAGGAAGAGCAAGCAAAGUCAGACUUGCUUAUUUCCCUGCAAGUGUUCUAAUGGUAGCCUUAGCAACAGCAAAUUUUUAUACCUGCCAAUCACUCUUUCCUGAAUGAUUGUGUCAUUAUGCUUAGAUCAGAAUCUGGGCUUUUAAAAAAAAAAAUAUUUAAGAGCAUGGUAACACCAACUGCUGUAUCAGAUGCUUGAUGAAAAGCAUUGUCUGGUGAGAAUCUAAUAAUAUUUGAUAGAUAUGAGCCAGCAAAAAUCAGAAGAGAUAAUAUUAGGCUCGUGACAGCUGGUUAGAAAUGUGCAGCUGUUAAAAAUAAACUUCCCUUCUGAAAUUAUCACCACCCAGAUCAUGUGAGUUGGCACUAAGUGCAGAUGAUUCAGUCUGCCCAGGGUCUCUGCGGUCAAGGCUCAGAGUCAAUUCAGAAUGCCAGGUUAUACGAAAGGGCAGGAUGGUGACUGGCCUUCAAAAUGCAUGUGUGCUCACACUGCCAAGAGUCUUGUUAAGUUCCUUUGUAGGAGAAAAAAAAGCACACUGUUCAUUUCAAUCACUUUCACCUUAGUCACUUUCAAGGAAUUGUUGGGCAAGAUCUGGCCUCUCUGAUUCAGUUAAAGUCCUGAAAAUCUGUGCUUUCAUUUUAAAGAAAUGUUGGGAGCUGAUGAUUAAAGAGGAACACCUGAAUGCAGGCAAAGUUAAAGUACCGGUAUAUCCUGCCAGCUGAGAUUUCACUGCUUACAUCUGAAAAAGUAGGCUUUAUUCUUGAUAAAUACAUCGGCAGGCUUUAAGGCACCACUUAACUCUUCUACCCCCAUUAAGGUAGUCCAAUUUAUGUAGCCCCAAAGCUAUUAAUAAACCAACUAUAAGUACAAUUGAGCACCUUCUACCCACCUGUGACUAUUUCAGUGUUAUGCAGAGAUGCUGAAUACAAAAAGUACAUCUCUUGCUGCUUAGGUAGUUACUGAUGCACUGCCAAAGAGCACUGAUCUGCACUGGCAUCUGGUGUGGGCAAUUUCUGCCCUGUGGAGUUCUGAUUAUUAUUUAACAAAGGUGGGGGAGCAUCCUAGUCUGGAACGAUAUUGUUGUACACAACCCCAAUCUCUGAGAGGUGCGAGAUUCCAUGGGUUCUAGGUGCUCACGCAGGGUCUGUAUUUCCUUUUGGAAGUGAGGCACAGCAGAGACUGUGGUGUCUUUAGGAUAAAUGGUUUAUUUACAUAUAUAUAUAUAUAUAUAUAUAUAUAUAUAUAUAUAUAUAUACAACCUGAGCCGACAACGGAGAGUUCACAGCCCCAACACCUCAAAAGGGUCUUGUUUCUCCCAUAGCUGCAGCCUCUGAUUCAAAGAGAAAUCCACCUUUGCUCCCUCCCUUUGCUUUCUGCUUUCUUGCCUGGUUAAGUCACUAUUUCCAGCUCAUAUAAUUCCUAACCUCCCUACUCUAAACUCUGGCUUUGUCUGUUUAUUUGAUGCUUUGGUAUUGACCCAUCACCCCAAGACUUAGCACCUCAAGAGGAAACUAGUCUGGCUUAGUUAGUUUUUAACACUUGAUAAAAUGAGUGAUUAAAGUAGUCUGUCACACAGCUUAACACCCCAAGGCUUGAUUAAAUUCUAACACUUACUAAAUCCAGGGAUUAUAGGAGCCUAGCACCCACAAGCUCAUAACAUUAUUUAUACAAAUGUGGAUGAGAGCUUCUCUGGGCAAUAAGUGGCAUUGCUGCAGAACAAGUUCCCUUCUUGUGGGCAAUGAAACUGCUGGGCUGAUGGUGCAUCUCUUUCUCUCUCAGUUUCCUCUUUUCUUUGUUCCGCUGAGCUCCUUGUGGAAUAGUUGGCAGCCUAUAGAUCUUGGAGUUAUCCCUGCCAUCUGUACACCUGUAACCUCAGCAAAAUGCUUACACAAGUCCCUAGUUGCACACUGAAUCUUGUGGUUUGAUUUUCAUUUUACUUCUUUUUAGCUGGUCUGCUGUCCCCAUCCCUUUUUAAACAUAUCAACAUAUUGUGGUCCAUGCUUGUAAAAGCCACAUGAAAUAAGAGGAUGUGAAUAGCAUAAGGUGGUGCGCUGCAGAAAUUAUUGCACACUUCCUUUCAAAGUCAACAUUCUUCAUGGUAAGCAGACUUAGAAAGAGGCCAUUUCCUGAGGCAAAUAUAUAUAUAUAUAUAUAUAUAUAUAUAUAUAUAUAUGACUUAGAAAGAGGCACAACACAUUUAUACAGUAUUGCAGACCAACAGACUUCUGGGGAUUAGAUACGUACAUAGCAUUAAACACCUGUACUGAUUGAUUGUCCCUGAGCCCUCAAGUCCAAACGUGGCACACCUCAAUAAAAUACAAGAACAUGCAAACAUACUUACCUAAAACUGCAUCACAUAUUUUGUCUUUAGUUUAAGACGGUUAUAGAGUGUAGACCACUGUGUACUGGAAACAAAAGAGGCACACAGUUUGAAAACACGGACGUCUUCAGGUGUUGAGCAUCUGAGACCAAAAAGCACUCCUAGCUGUUUAUUAUGCAGUUAGCAGCAUUGCUUCUCAGCGCUGACCCUUUCUGUUCACAGUGUGAUCUAGGCACACCUGAGCAUCCUGUUCCUCGUCUUGGUCCUGCUAACCAUCAAGCUCCUCCAACUUGGGCCAUUCAGUUUGACCAGUAAUGGACUGAGCCAGCACAGCAAGAAAUGCUUUCAUCCCUGGUUAGUACUUCCUAUCUCUUUGUGCAUGGUUAGGCCUCGGCUUCCAAAAAGUUGCCGUCUACAAUGGAGCCUUCAUUAUCUCUUAGAUUUAAGAACAUAAGAAGAGCUUGCUGGGUCAGACCAAUGGCAUCUAUCUAAUCCGGCAUUCUGCUCUCCUAGUGGUCAACCAGAUGUUUGUGGGAUCUGCAUAGAAGGCAUGUAUAGAGAGCACGGGACCCACACCCUACAUGUUCCUGCAUGUGAUGGCCCUGUAGACUCCACCCCCAGCUUUCUUGCAUUUUGCUGGAAGGUCUGAAGGAGGCUUCUAAACAUGAACAUGCUUACAAAUCUCCCCACAACUGGGAACCUUCCAGUAUCCGGGGCCCUGAUCACAAAGAGGAUCCUAUGUGCUCUCAGCCAAACAGACUAAUAGUUCCUUCCUGCUCAGCCCCAGAAGGUUUUGGCUGGCAUGCACAACCCCACACAUAAAGUGCUUUAUCACAUCCUGUGUUCUUUGAAUGCCUGCAAAGCACGUACCUGGAAGCAGUUUGAGACUUUUAAAACGUAAGACUUCCCCCAAAGGGUCAGUUAUGAGGGGAAAUAACGCUUGCCAAAUAUACCUUAAGCAGCAUGUAGAGGACUCCAAAUAUGUUUUAGUAGAAGCAAACAAAGAAAAACUUUCUGUGUUUAGGGUGAAACUUUCAAAAUUCUAGAGGAAGCAAAGUGCGUAAUGGGGUGAGCUCUAUUGCAUAAAAUAAUAACUGCCCAUUUUGAAAACUUCAUGUAUUCAUUGAUGCCCAUGAUGAGGUCUCUUUAUUUUAUUGAAUCAGUGUCAUGCAAAAAUUUCACCUCAUAGAGAGAUGUUCUUUCCAUGAGGAAGCAUGCAUAGAGAUAAAUUUCUUCAUGACUUAUCUCACGUAAGCCUGCAUUUAAACAGAAGAAAGUGAUUAGUCUUUUUUUCAUGUGAGUCUCAAAAGAUAACAGUUUGUGCUCUGGUUGCUUUCAUGUUCAACCAUACCACAGGUAGCCAUAAAGAGUUAUCUCUAGUACUUUGUCCAAAAGAUUCUACUUCCAACAUGUGCCUUGGAAACUUUAAUGAAAUUGGUUUCUUUCUUUCUUUCUGUUUCCCCACUCCCAAACAGGCUGUGA